AUGGUCGCAGAACGAUCUAACUCGGAGCAGUAUGAAAGACAACGAGAAGCAACAGUAUAUCGAGCCAGAACUGUUCAUAAAUCGUUAAAUGCUGCAAACAGUUUUAUGCACCGAAUAUCGGAAACCAGUAAACGACGAAGACGCGACAGCUUGCUGAAUGUGAAGGAUAAGAUUCACAGUUUAUUACGAAGACCGUUGCGCCGUCGGAGUCAUCGUUAUGACGUGCGUGCCGCCGAAAGAGCAGCCGUGAUUAAAGAGGAAGAGCUACUGGGCUCAUGUAAAAACGAUGCCACGUCCAGCAAAUGUCGGCAUAUUCCAGACGAACUGCAUUGCGAAUCUCAUACCGCCAGCACCAAAGAACUCGAAUGCCCCCAAAUAACUGCUAAUGAUGACUGUUGCCUCGGUUUUCCGAAAAAAAUAUAA